GCUUAGGAGUUAGGAGGCCGUUGAAUCCCAAUCCUCAUCCCGCCAUUGGUAACAGUCGUAACAGUCGGAGAGUGGACAGCAUGCCACUCUUUGCAGCGCUGGGCACCAUUUGUGGUUACCGGAUAGGUAUAAUCCGAAAGAGGAACGAUUAUUUCAAAGUAUCAUCCUCGAUUGGAGACCAUAAUCAAUCCAGAGUAAAGUACGACUCUCUCAGGGUUCUAGAAUGGGACAAACUCUGCAACUCCGUCGCCUCUUUUGCCCGCACAUCCUUGGGUCGUCAAGCCACUAAGGCAAAGCUUUGGUCUCUCGAUCAAACGUUCCAAGAGAGCUUGAAACUUUUACAAGAAACCAAUGCCGCAAUCCUAAUGCACAACCAUGGCUCUUUCAACUUGGACUUGACUUCCGUCGACCUCGCUCUCGUCGAAUCUGCCAUCAAACAUGCGCGGAGGGGCUUACCUAUAGAUGCAAACGAAGCAAUGGCUCUUGUGUCUCUACUACAGUUUAUUGAAACAUUGCAGCUUAAUUUAAAAGCCGCAAUCAAGGAAGACUCUGAUUGGUAUAAACAAUUCAUACCUCUUAGUGAAAUGAUUACACAACUGGUUGUAAAUCGAUCAAUAAUUAAGUUGAUUCAGCAAGUUAUAGAUGAAGAUGGCACUGUUAAAGACUCUGCGAGUUCUGCCCUUAAAAAAGCACGUGAUCAAGUGCGUAUGCUUGAACGAAAGUUGCAUCACUUAGUGGAAAAUCUAAUUAGAAAUGAUACAAAAGAGGCAUCCCUUCUGGAGGCGAGUAUUAUUGACGGUAGAUGGUGUAUAAGAUCAGGGACUGAUCAAUUGAUGAGUUUUAAGGGUCUUCUAUUGUCCAGUGGUUCAGGACUAGGAAGUAUUAUAGAGCCACUUGCAGCUGUUCCUUUGAAUGAUGAGUUACAACAAGCGAGAGCAUUAGUGGAAAAGGCUGAGGCAGACGUGCUGUUGAUGGUGACAGAAAAGAUACAAAUGGAUCUCGAUGACAUUGAAAAGAUCUUGAGAAGUGCAAUUCGAUUGGAUAUUAUUUAUGCUCGUGCAACUUAUAGUCUUUCAUUUGGAGGGACAUAUCCCAAUAUAUUCCUGCCAGAUGACAUCGAUGGACCUUUAAUGGCUGAAUCCUACAGAUCAAAGGACAAUACUUUACAGGCAUCAAAUUCCAAUAAAGAAUGGAUUUUAUAUCUGCCUAAAGCUUAUCAUCCUUUAUUACUUCAGCAGCAUAGGCAAAAGCUGCACAUGGCUCGGAAGGAUGUCCGCAAUGCUACUGCUGAAAUCAGGAGAAGAAAACUGCAGGGAGAGAAUAUGGCAGUCAAAGGAGAAGCAGAUAUAGAUCUUUCAUCCUUGGAAAUGCAGGUUAGAGCACUAGAAGAAGCUCCCCCCGUGCCAACUGAUUUUUUUAUUGCUCAGAAGACGAGAGUACUGGUCAUAACUGGCCCUAAUACUGGCGGUAAAACUAUAUGCUUAAAGACAGUUGGAUUGGCUGCUAUAAUGGCAAAAUCAGGUCUUCAUGUUUUAUCUUCAGAAUCUGCAAAAAUUCCUUGGUUUGAUAGUGUUUUUGCUGAUAUUGGUGAUGAGCAGUCCUUGUCUCAAUCAUUGUCUACAUUCUCUGGCCACUUGAAGCAAAUUAGUGAAAUUCGAUCACAGUCCACAAGUCAAUCAUUGGUGCUACUAGAUGAAGUUGGCGCAGGAACAAAUCCCCUAGAAGGAGCAGCAUUGGGAAUGUCUCUACUAGAAUCUUUUGCUGAAACUGGUGCAUUGCUGACAAUAGCUACAACACAUCAUGGAGAACUUAAAACUUUGAAAUACAGUAAUGAUGCCUUUGAAAAUGCUUGCAUGGAGUUUGAUGACGAGAACUUGAAGCCAACUUACAAGAUUCUCUGGGGAGUACCAGGUCGUUCAAAUGCAAUCAAUAUAGCUGAAAGAUUGGGAGUACCCAGCAUAGUUGUUGAUAAUGCUCGUGAGCUAUAUGGUGCUGCUAGUGCGGAGAUUGAUGAGGUAAUAAUAGAUAUGGAAAUAUUCAAGCAAAGUUUUCAAGAGCAUAAACAUGAGUCUCGGCAUUAUUUGAUGCUGUCAAGAAGUCUUCAUGAGAAGCUAUUGCUCACCAGAAGAAAGCUCAAGGAUCUUAGCACUGAUCAAAGAUAUAAGAUGAUGAAAGUACUAUCUGAGGCUGCAGCAGUGGCUCGAUCUACCCUUCACAAAAAGGUACAGCAGCUUCGUACAUCCACAAUGAAACAAUCCCAACUCAGUAAAGCAAGCAAGCAUACACUACCAAGUAAUUACAAGCAUGCUACAUCAGUUGAAACCAAGCAGCGGAGUACCAAUAUGGGUUCAUCCUCAAUUCAAGUUAUUAAACAACCACAAUCAGAAAAAAUUACUGAGCUUCCUAAGGUUGGUGAUAUGGUGCAUGUUUCAUCCCUCGGCAAGAGAGCAACGGUUUUAAGAGUAGACACAUAUAAGGAAGAAAUAGUAGUUCAAGCCGGAAACAUGAAGCUUAAGUUAAAACUAAGUGAUGUUCAGACAUGAAUGGUAAGAGUAGUAUGAUUAUGGGCACUUUUUUGCUUGAUGCUGUUUUGUUGAUUUUCAGAAUAGCUUCCUCACUUGUCGAUAAUUUUUUCUUUCAUAAUUCUUUAUACAAUAGCAUAUAUGUGCAUAGAGAAAUCAUUGAUUGAAGAAACUUGAAUAUAACAAUAUAUCCUUCUUAAGUGUAGUUUCUUUUUAGAGUGAAAUACCUUGACCUCCUUAAAUUUUGAUCGAAAUUACACGGAGAUCUACUAAUUUUCAAAAUGAACACUUCGUCUGAAAAAAAUAUUUUCUCCUAGACACGAAGGUUCAGCCGUUAGUCAACGAUUAGUAUUUUUGUCAACUUGUUGACAUGGCAAGAAUAAAAAGACAAAUUUACCCCUGAUUAAUUUUAAUAAUUACAAUUAUAUAAUUUUAUUAUUUUUUAUUAAUUAAAGAAAAAAAAAAGCUCUCCACUGGGGAGCACCGAGGGAGCCCAAAAUCGAGCUCCCAAGGGGAGCACCGGUGCUCCCCUCCCUUGCCGGUGCUCCCUUUUCUUGGGGUGCUGGGGAGCACCAAUCGGUGCUUCCUAUUUUUUUUAUUUUUUAAAAUAUAAUAAUAAAAUUUUAAAUUAAUAAAAAAAGAAUGCAUUUUAGUCUUUUUAUUAUUUCUGUUAACAGUGUUUCUAGUUUUGAGGCGGAGUGUCCAUUUCGAAAAUUAAUGGACCUUCGUGUAAUUUCGAUCCAAACUUAAGGGGAUCAAGGUAUUUUAUCUUUCUUUUUAUUAUAUAGCAUCCCUAAAACAAAUGUGUAUCCUCCAACUGUUUUGACUCUCCACCAGGUUUGGUCUGUAGUCUGUACUAGGUGUUGCUUGUAAGCUUACUUUAAAAUGCACAAAAUCUUAUAGUAGUUGCUGAAUCUAGUGGUUGUAGGAGUUACGAAGUUUCUCUUGCCUGCAAUCAUUGCAUGAGGAUUUGUGCAUUAUGUAGGAAAGUGUUAUUCACACAUUUGCAACCAUUUAGAAAGUGGAAUGACAUUGAUGAUCAUCACUGUCCAGCUCCAUGAAAAGAAAGAACCAUUUGUAAAUAUUAGGCUGUAAAUAUCUAGAAGCUGAAUCACAAGCUUUGUCAGCAACAGCUAAGCAUGUCAAGGUGGAGAUUCUUUAGAUCAUGCUUAGCAGCUCAGAUCAGCAUACCUAGAGAUUCGAGGUAUUUGUGUACAAUUAUUUAUCUUGAUGAAGCGAAGAUUAGCUCUUUGUUAUAAUUUAUUCUUUGGUCUCAGUUUGCUUUUAGCUUGGUUGAUUGAAACUGUAAAACAUACAUGACUUAGCAAUGCAAGACUUGAGUUACUUGUGUAUAUUUUCUGUUGUUCUGAAGAGGUUCU